AUGACCGCGAUCGAGCCCCUGCCCGGCGACGUCUACCGCUACGUCGACCUCCUCGACUCCGAGGAGCAGGAGAUCCUCGCCCGCGUCCGCGCGUUCGCCGAGACCGAGAUCGCCCCGAUCGCGAACCGGCAGUGGGCGGCCGCGGAGUUCCCCCACGAGCUGGUCCCGGGCUUCGCCGCGCUCGACGUCGUCGGGCUCGCGCGCGAGUGGCCCGACCGCCGGGCGUACUCGCGCCUGCUGACCUCGUUCGUCUCGCUCGAGCUCUCGCGGGCCGACCCCUCGAUGGCGACGUUCUUCGGGGUGCACGCCGGCCUCGCCCUGACCAGCAUCGACCUGCUGGGCUCCGAGGAGCAGAAGCAGCGCUGGCUGCCCGCGAUGCGGCGCAUGGAGAAGAUCGGCGCGUUCGCCCUCUCCGAGCCCCACGGCGGGUCCGACGUGGCCGGCGGGCUCGAGACCACGGCCCGCCGGGACGGCGACGACUGGGUGAUCGACGGGGCCAAGCGCUGGAUCGGCAACGGCACGUUCGCCGACCUCGUCGUGGUCUGGGCACGCGAUGUCACCGAGGGGGCCGACGGCGAGGUCGUGGGCUUCGUCGUCGAGAAGGGCACGCCCGGCUUCACCGCGGAGAAGAUGGAGGGCAAGCUCGCGCUGCGCACGGUGCAGAACGCCGACCUGGCCUUCGUCGGGGCCCGCGUGCCCGAGGCGAACCGGCUGCCGGGCGCGGAGUCGUUCACCGACACCAACCGGGUGCUGCGGGUGACCCGCGGCGGUGUCGCCUGGAACGCCGUCGGCGCCAUGAUGGGCGUCUACGAGCUGGCUCGCGACUACGCGCUCGAGCGGGUGCAGUUCGGUUCGCCGAUCGCGUCGUACCAGCUGAUCCAGGACCACCUCGUCACGAUCCUCGGGCACGUCACCGCGUCGCUGGCGAUGGCCGUGCGCGUGGCGCAGAUGCAGGACGCGGGCACGUUCCGCGACGAGCAGGCGGCACUGGCCAAGCGCGAGGCCACGGUCCACCUGCGCGACGCGGUCGCGCGUGCCCGCGAGGUGCUCGGGGGCAACGGCGUGCUGCUGGAGAACUCCGUCGUGCGGUUCUUCAACGACGCCGAGGCGCUCUACUCCUACGAGGGCACCCGCGAGAUCAACACCCUGGUCGUCGGGCGCUCGGUGACCGGCAUCGGGGCGUUCGUGGGCCACGCGCCGGUAGCCUGA